UAACAGUUUACAUUUGUGUGGCUUCUCACUCUACAGCAUGCAGAGAUCAGAGAGAUUAAGCAUUAAGCUUUAAGUACAGCAGGAGAUUUGAGAUUUAUGACUUAAGAGUCCAUAAAAGAGCUAUAUAAGCCUGAACCAUUGACAUGAUCUGCACACAGGGGACAGACCACAAAGGUAUGUGCAAUUUUUGCAUAGAAAAUUAUGUAAUGUAUUGGUAGUGGUACAUACUGGUCAUAGUAAUCAAGUAUCUCAUGCUAGACUGCAGUUUUAAUUAUAGGUAUCAGAACAGUUGCCAACUUAAAUAUCUCAAUGCAAUGUAUAAGUCAUAGAAGCAAGUACAAGAACUAUGCAAGUAAUAAAUAAAACAUACGAGUCAGUAGAAAUGCUAGUGAAAAAGUGCUAUAAAGUAGUCAGUCAAACAAAUGAUGCAGGCAUGAUACCUAAUAAUACACACAAAUAACAAUAAUAGAGUAUGAUGAAUUAAUACAAAGCAAUGUUGAAUACAAUAGUACAUGCUGCUAAAUUUGGAAAAACACUAAUCAUAUAUUCUUUAUAGAUGAAGCUGUUUGCUGUCAUCACCCUUCUUCAGCUGGGGGCUUUCUGUGCACUUGCCACAGAACCACAAAUCAACCUAAAAGAGAUAGUAGAGAAAAGUGUAAAUACUAAAAAAGCACCUCUUUUGAACCCAAUCCUUGAGGGUAAAGUCCCACCUCUUAUAAACAAUGAUCCAGUUGAUGGCCCACUUGCACCUCCAGAGCUUGAGGAAUCACUGAGCUUUUCAAAUCUAUUUGGUGAAAAUGUCAAUCUAAACUGGAUGAAGUGGGAUGGCUCCCUUCCCCAAGGUGCAGUUGGCAUUUAUAAUGGGUACACAAAGCGUUCUGAUUACAUCUGCAAAUACAACUGUGAAGCAGGUUUUUAUACUCCCAGCAAAGGUCCAUACUGCAACUACCCCUAUGGUGACAGAGAAUUCCAUGCCCCUGAAUUUGAAGUUUUAGUCAAUGUAGACAACUUUGAGUUUGUGGAGUGGAAGGAAGGUUCAUAUGGUUCUGUGCCAAAUCAUGCCAUUAGAACCUGUGGAGGUGUUGGCAUUUUCGUUGGUAAGAACAAGUAUGGGCUUGGUAAGGUAGUACCUCAGUUUGAAGCCUUCUUCCUGCCAUGGGAGGGUGAUGAGUACUGGUACAAGAAAUAUGAAGUUCUGGCCAUCAAUCGCGAUGUCUACACUCAACAUAUCUCCCAUGUUGAGUAUGGUAUUAAUGAAGUGGAGCUCUUCCACUACCCACCAGAGACCAUGAGGAUCUCCAGUGUUACCAACAAUGACUGCCAGACAAUAACUAAGACAGUGACUAUCACCAAGACCUCAGAAGUAGAAAGAACCUGGAACAUAGGCCGUACCACCAUGCUUGGUGUUACAGCAGGAAUCACUGCCAAGAUACCUCUGAUUGGCAGUGGUGGAGUGGAGUUUACCGCAGAGAAGUCCUUGGAGUUCAACCGUGGCACUACCCUAGUAGAAGCUCUCAGUCAUGAAGUGUCAGUUCAACUAACAGUGCCACCCAAUCACUCUUGCACUGCGCGCAUGGAGGGCCGCAAGAUGACUGCUGACAUCCCCUUCAAAGCAAAGCUCACCCGAACAUACGCCAAUGGAGAGACCCAAUGGACCUCCAUCAAUGGUGUCUAUGAUGGCAUACAGAUAGGAGAGGUCAGAGCAGUGGUGGACCGCUGUGAGCCUAUUCCGGAUGCUAAGCCAUGUCCAUCAGCUGCAUAGUACAAUGAUAACCAGGAGCCAGUAACCAUCUACUAUCUUGCAACAUGCCAGUGUAAUUGUUAUAUAAGUGCAAUUUGUUAAUGGCUAAAAAGACUGUAUGAGUUGUAUUUCUUUAUAACAAUUAAUAAUAAAUGUGAAGAAUAUAAUAACCCUUCUUGCUGUAAAUGUUUUGAAAAAUAAUGAGUUACAACAACAAAACACUUUUAUUUCUUCAUCAAGGUUUUAUGUUACACAAUGGAAAUGUAAAAGAAAUAAAGACAUUGGAACCAAACUUUGAAAAAAUAAAAUAUAAAAAGGG